GUCCCCGGGCUGUGCUGCUCGAUCUUCCACCCAGCAGAAGCAGCGGCUGCUGCACCGCCUCCUACCCGGGGCCGGUUCCAGGCCCUCUGGCCGGGCCCACUGGACAUGGAGCUCCGAGCAGCGCAGCGUGAGCCCCCGGCGCGCCUCAGCCUUCCCUUCUGUUUCCCUCAUAUCCUAGGACCAGCUUCCAGCCUUUCCCAUCCCAAGCUCUGGAGACAGCAGCCUCCGGACUGCUGAGGGCACAGACAGCAUGAAGGCCCGGGGCCGCCUUCUGCUCCUCAUACUGUGUACCUUGACGUUCUCCGCUGUCUACAUCCUCCUGUGCUGCUGGGCCUGCCUGCCCCUCUGCCUGGCAGCCUGCCAGGACCGCCCCCUCCCUGUGGCACCCAGACCCACUGUGCCAGGGCCCCUGCACUUCAGCGGCUACAGCAGCGUGCCAGAUGGGAAGCCCCUUAUCCGAGAGCUUUGCCACAGCUGUGCCGUGGUUUCCAGCUCUGGCCAGAUGCUGGGUUCAGGCCUGGGUGCCCAGAUCGACGGUGCUGAGUGUGUACUACGCAUGAACCAGGCGCCCACCGUGGGCUUUGAGGAGGACGUGGGCCAGCGCAGCACCUUGCGCGUGAUCUCGCACACGAGCGUGCCGCUGCUUCUGCGCAACUAUUCACACUAUUUCCAGCAGGCCCAAGACACGCUCUAUGUGGUGUGGGGUCAGGGCAGGCACAUGGACCGGAUGCUGGGUGGCCGUACCUACCGCACGUUGCUGCAGCUCACCAGAAUGUACCCGGGCCUGCAGGUGUACACCUUCACUGAACGCAUGAUGGCCUACUGUGACCAGAUCUUCCAAGAGGAGACGGGCAAGAACCGGAGGCAGUCAGGCUCCUUCCUCAGCACUGGUUGGUUCACUAUGAUCCUGGCCCUGGAGCUGUGUGAGGAGAUCGUGGUCUACGGGAUGGUCAGUGAGAGCUACUGCAGUGAGAAGAGCGGCCCCUCGGUGCCUUACCACUACUUUGAAAAGGGCCGGCUGGACGAGUGUCAGAUGUACCUCUUGCAUGAGCAGGCGCCACGGAGUGCCCAUCGCUUCAUUACCGAGAAGGCUGUGUUCUCCCGCUGGGCCAAGAAGAGACCCAUCGUGUUCGCCCACCCGUCCUGGAGGGCCGAGUAGUUCCUGUUGCCAGUGGCCACCAGGCCUCUGCUGGGCCUGCAACCCUUUCCAGGCCUCCACACUCCAUUAUGAACAUUUUGUUAUGACUCUGGCCUUCUGCCUGAUGCCAGGUGGAACCUGGGUUCUCUGUUACCCCCACACUGCGUACACUUGGAGAAAUCUUGGGCCUUGUGACUUGAAGGGGAGUCAAGAGGGUGCUGUUUAUACCACCCCUGCUCCCUGGCAAAUCCACGUCUUCAUCUUGGGGUUCGUCGUACUUCCGGGUCGUUCAAGUGGCCUUUGCCCUGGGGCCGAUCACCAGCACCAUGCCUGAUGCCCCUUCACCAGCGUCACGGCUCUGUGCCAGUCUUGGUCUUUUCUCUACCUUUUCCUAGCCACAUGGUGCCAUGUUCUCAGGCUGGUGCAGCCUGGGACCUGGGAUUUGAUGGGUACAAGGGCCUUUGAAUUUGAGCAUCAGCCUCCCAGGACUGUCUCAAACAUGUGUCAGUAAAUGCAUAUUUUCUGGA